AUGGAUAUUCUCAGUAAGAAGCCUGUCAACCUCGCGGUGCAUACCAGCCCGGACCACGAUCUACGUCUCGUAGAAUGCGAGAUCCCAGAUAUUGGACAAAAUGAUUGUCUCGUUCACGUUCGGGCGUCUGGAAUCUGCGGUUCUGACGUUCAUUUCUGGAAGCACGGGAGGAUUGGCCCCAUGGUAGUCACAGGAGACUAUGGUCUUGGCCACGAGAGUGCAGGAGUCGUUUUGAAAGUUGGAGGAUCGGUGACACGUUUCAAGCCCGGCGAUCGUGUGGCGUUGGAAUGCGGAGUUCCCUGCUCAAAGCCUACCUGUUUCUAUUGUCGAACAGGUAGAUACAACGCGUGUCCAGACGUUGUAUUCUUCUCUACACCUCCAUACAACGGAGUACUACGGCGAUAUCAUGCUCAUCCCGAAGCUUGGAUACAUAAGCUCCCUGACCAUGUUUCGUUCGAAGAGGGGUCAUUGGUCGAGCCGCUCUCAGUCGCUCUUGCGGGCAUCGAUCGCUCCGGUCUCCGACUGGCGGAUCCUCUUGUGAUCUGUGGUGCUGGGCCUAUUGGGCUCACUUCUCUGCUGGCCGCGAACGCUGCAGGGGCUGAGCCGAUCGUCAUUACUGACUUGGACGAGGGGCGGCUUGCGAAAGCUAAGGAACUCAUUCCUCGUGUUCGUACAGUCCUGGUUGAGAAGGGCCAAGACUCAAAAACCAUCGCUGCAAGGAUUGUCGAACAAUUAGGCCAAGAAGCCAAGCUAGUACUGGAGUGUACAGGUGUUGAAAGCAGCAUCCACUCUGGUAUUUAUGCUACGCGAUUUGGCGGCUCUGUUUUUGUCAUUGGUGUUGGCAAAGAUUUCCAAAACAUUCCCUUCAUGCACCUAUCUGCCAACGAAAUCGAUUUGAAGUUCCAAUACCGAUAUCAUGAUGUUUAUCCCAAGGCGAUCAGUCUAGUAGCGGCUGGUAUGAUUGAUCUUAAACCUUUGGUGUCUCAUCGUUUCAAGCUAGAAGAAGGAGUUGAAGCUUUCAAAGCGGCAAGUACGCCUGCAGCUAGAGCAAUCAAGGUCCAAAUCUUGGAUGAAUAG